AUGUGCUUCAGGUUCGAAGAAAAGUUCCAUUUGGAAGAGAAGGGCUAUCCACCGGAGCAAGUGACAUUUGCAAAGGCUGCGCUUAGCAAUAUGCUUGGAGGUAUAGGAUACUUUUAUGGCUCAUCGCUCGUUCAGAGUCCGUACAACAAAGCACCUGUGUUUUAUUGGCCCGCGGGAUUGUACACCGCUGUGCCGUCGAGGAGUUUCUUUCCCCGAGGAUUCCUUUGGGAUGAGGGCUUCCAUAACCUCCUGAUAGCUCAGUGGGAUCGAGCGAUUUCUAAGGAGAUAAUUGCCCAUUGGUUGGAUUUGCUCAACGUGGAAGGCUGGAUUCCGAGGGAGAUGAUCCUCGGAUUGGAAGCCUCGCAACGAGUGCCGAAGGAGUUCAUCGUACAAAGAAAUACGAAUGCUAAUCCCCCCACGUUGGUUUUAUCGCUACACUACUUGCUGCAAACUGUGCAAGACUCGGACUCUGCCGAAGUUGAUGAGUUGAUGUACUUCGACAAACUCUGGCCGAGGCUCGUUGCGUGGUACUAUUGGUUCAAUACCACUCAGACUGGUGAUUUACCUGGGACGUAUCGUUGGCGUGGCCGGGACGGAGAAACGAAACGAGAAUUGAAUCCGAAAACUUUAACGUCCGGUUUGGAUGACUAUCCACGUGCUUCGCAUCCCACUGAGUUGGAGCGUCAUCUGGAUUUGCGUUGUUGGAUGGCUCUGGCGUCGAAGCUGCUUGGGGACAUCGCCUCGUUCAUCGGCAGAGAUGCGAGGAAAUUCAGCGCAACUUACGAAUACCUGAGAGACGGUCAGUUAUUGGACACACUUCAUUGGUCGCCAGCAUCCGGAACCUAUUCCGACUUUGGACUCCACACCAAGGACGUGAGUCUCAAGCGCGAACCCGCGCAACCCGGACAACCCUCUGUCAAGCCCGAACUCGUCCGCGUCACGCGUUCGGAACCCAAACCUGGGUUCGUGGACUCCUCCUUUGGCUACGUUAGCCUGUUCCCGCUCAUGCUGGAGCUGCUGCAGCCAGACUCCUCGCGCCUCGGCAAACUGUUGCAGGACCUGCGCAACGAAUCGCUGCUGUGGACCCCGUUCGGGCUGCGUUCUCUGGCCAAGACGUCGCCGCUCUACAUGCAGCGGAACACAGAGCACGACCCGCCUUACUGGCGAGGCCCGAUCUGGAUCAACAUGAAUUUCCUCGUUGUGCGUGCGUUGAGGACUUAUGCCCGGAUCGAAGGCGAGUACAAGGAACGCGCGGCUGAGCUUUACGACGAAUUGCGGCGGAACGUGAUUGCAAACGUGUUCAGUGAGUACAAGAGGACUGGAUAUGUGUGGGAGCAGUACGACGACACGACGGGCAAGGGGAAGGGCUGCAGGCCAGAUGCGAGGAAAUUCAGCGCAACUUACGAAUACCUGAGAGACGGUCAGUUUUUGGACACACUUCAUUGGUCGCCAGCAUCCGGAACCUAUUCUGACUUUGGACUCCACACCAAGGACGUGAGUCUCAAGCGCGAACCCGCGCAACCCGGACAACCCUCUGUCAAGCCCGAACUCGUCCGCGUCACGCGUUCGGAACCCAAACCUGGGUUCGUGGACUCCUCCUUUGGCUACGUUAGCCUGUUCCCGCUCAUGCUGGAGCUGCUGCAGCCAGACUCCUCGCGCCUCGGCAAACUGUUGCAGGACCUGCGCAACGAAUCGCUGCUGUGGACCCCGUUCGGGCUGCGUUCUCUGGCCAAGACGUCGCCGCUCUACAUGCAGCGGAACACAGAGCACGACCCGCCUUACUGGCGAGGCCCGAUCUGGAUCAACAUGAAUUUCCUCGUUGUGCGUGCGUUGAGGACUUAUGCCCGGAUCGAAGGCGAGUACAAGGAACGCGCGGCUGAGCUUUACGACGAAUUGCGGCGGAACGUGAUUGCAAACGUGUUCAGUGAGUACAAGAGGACUGGAUAUGUGUGGGAGCAGUACGACGACACGACGGGCAAGGGGAAGGGCUGCAGGCCGUUUACGGGCUGGUCAUCCUUGGUUGUCUUGCUCAUGUCGGAGACUUUCUGA